AUGUAUCACGUAACCAUGGAACAGACCCGAGCCUCAUUCCACCCGAAACCUUGGAGCACAUGGGGUUCGUCCACUUUUGUUUUCUCACGGCUUCAUCCCACAUACCUGGCAGUUUUGGUUAUGUCGCAGCUUCAACAAUGUCGUCUCGGCGCCUCACUCUUGAUACCCCUCAUCGGUAUGGUGACGGGGGCUUUGGGGUGGAACAGUGCCGCAACUUUCAUGUUUAACACGGCUGCUCUGGUUCCACUGGGGUCGUGGAUCAAUCGAUCAGUCGAUUCUCUAUCUGUGGAUGGGAUCAAGGUGGUAAAUGAGCUUUUGAAGUCGACUUUGGGUAACUCGGUGGAAUUGAUGGUUGGAAUCAAUGCCGUCGUGCAGCGACGGCCACAUAUAUCCCAAUCUGUGAUCCUGGGUGGUGUUCUCAGCAAUCUACUCCUGGUGCGUUUUGUCAUGAUAAACACCUGGGCAGCCAAUCGUCCAUUACAAUGUACUGAUAUCAGAACUAUACAGGUACUCGGGGGCACUCUGUUCUAUUCCGGAUAUGACCAGAAGCGACUACGGUUCGAUAAACACCUUACGACAGUCCUCUCCUCCUUGAUGAUGGUCGUUUUCAUCCUCCUCGCCAUUCCAACCAUCAUGGACGUCUUCCCCUCGCCCGAGACCACAAAUGACGAGAUACUUUACACGCAGCGGAUAAUAUCCGUGGUAUUGAUCACCCUUCUUCUCACAUUUCUCUUCUUCCGUCUCAAAACCCACGCAAGAAUGUUCGCCAGUACCCCAUUCAGUCAACAACCCCGCAGCCGCCACCAACACCGCCAGAGUCAAAUCAUCGACGCACAAAUACCACGACCAUACAUCGCAAAAGGACCGGCAGCUCUCAUCCUACUUGCUGCAUCUGCAUCUGCAUUCAUAUGCACCCGCCACAUAGUCGGUAACUUGAGUGAUCUGGCCGCGAUGACAGGAACAAACCAAUCUUUCCUGGCUGUUACGCUUAUCCCAUUACUUGGAAACUCGGCCAAGUAUUCCUCCAUCAUCACUGGGUCUAGGGUAUAUGGCCAGGUUGAACUUGGCAUCAGGGCAGUGAUCAACACCGUCUUGCGGGUGACUAUGCUUAUUGCGCCACUUUUGGUUCUUGUCGGAUGGGUAUUUGAUCGACCACUGGUUAUGAGACUCGAUGGGUUCGAGGCUACGACACUUUUGUUGAGUGUUGUUGUUAUGACCUAUCUUAUUUCAGAUGGGCGGGGUAAUUACUUUGAGGGGCUGAUGCUUAUUGGAACGUACUGCAUUAUUAUGGUUUCGUUCUUUGUUCGGCCAGAGGUACCGGCUAAUGUAAUCUUUUUAGGAUCUUAG